UGUGUCUCCACUGCAUCAGACUGUCGCGUUCGUCAUUGACAAAAGUCUGCAACUCAUGUUGAACGUGACGCAGCGCCGCUGACUGAUAACGAUGAUGGUCCACGAAUAGAUAGUGACUGACCAAUGUGCAAGAACGAGAAAGGAGGAGCGGUAGAAGAGAAGAUUCCGUGAAAACGAAUGCGUAAUCGCUCCGUAGCCGCCAUCGUGCGACCGUUGUUUUUAUUAUAAUACAUUCAGAUUCUGAUUCUGAUUAUUAUUAUUAAUACUACACAUACCACGUGAUGAUGCGAUGUUCUGCUCCCCAUCUGCUUCUUAUUCUCGUCAGGUUACCGAACUCGAAUCGGAUUAAAGCACGCGCGCGCUGAACAUACAUAUACACGUAUUAUUAUUUAUAAACGUCGAGUCGGAUGUGAGACGAGAGAGAAAAAAAACGGUCGUGCGCGCAGGCUCGACAUGCAACUAGCCUGCAGCCAGUGUCGCGUCUUGUCUACGGCGUCAGUUUAAAUUUUGCGUGCCGGUCAUCGUUCAUUAUAGUGUUUCAGUGUACGCGUCGUAAUUAUUAUUAUAUUCGUACAAGACCGACUCGCCGUCGCUGCGCUCGCAGUAGAUGGUGUAUACGUUACAUAACUACCACACGUGUUACCACGACCACUGUACACGGUUUUACCGGGGCGCACGAGGACCGCGGUCGCGACGCUAACGAUUACCGCCGAACGGGUUGUUUUACUCCUAGAUUCGAGUACAUCGCUCGGCGGGUCGCAGCAUUUCUUUAGGAAGAACAAUAUAUACGCGUUGUCAACAAUUUCGAGCAUUGGUACAGCAGAGAUUAAGAGCGGACGUCGACGACGACCUAAUCGCAUGCCAUCGCUGACAACGACCCGCGAUGGCCACCGAUGACAACGGUUUGCUUCUCGAGGCUAUGUACAACAAGGGCCGGUCGGCGUCCAUAUGCGCGUUCGGCUUCCCGCCUGGCAGCACGGAACAUCUCGUAGGCGGCACAACGACGGCCACUGCGUCCACGCCACCACCACACAGGCACGUUAGUGGCGGCGCGGCGGCGGUGGCGGCUGCCGAGGACAACAAACGCCGGCGGCCGGCGGUUCGGUCACAGAGCGCCCGGACCAGUGGCGGACGAUCGAUCCGAAAGAAGACGCUGGUGGCUGCAGCCAUAGGUGCCCAGCACGAAUACCUCAGUGACAGUAAGACAAGCGUGCGCAGCGGUUACAGCGAUCCAAGGCUGAACGAUUUAUUGGCACACGACGGUACGGCUUUCAAACGUAAACCAUCUUCCAGAAAAGUGAACUCAAACCAUAGAAAAUCCGGAGCGUUCUUGGAUGUACCACCAGGUGAUAACAAAAAACUAGUAGAGCCCGAAGAUCCCGAAAACUCAUACAGACUCAGAUCAUUUAGUUUUACUUCGAAAGGUAUCGUAAACAGAGGUGAUUCGUUCAGGAAACGCCGGUCGAGGAGCAACAGCCUAGCCCAAGAAGACGACACCAAAGAAUGCACUCCACCAAUCAACAACAACCAGCAACAACAGUCCCAGCAAAACGAUUGUGAUGACAUUACAUCGUACACAGUGUCACUAAUGGGCUCUAGAGGAGUGGGCAAAACUACGCUCAUAAGUCAGUUUAUGACGUCUGAGUACAUUAACACCUAUGAGAGACAAAGAGACAACUACGAGUCAUCAAUGCAAUCCGUAUGCAUAAUGUUAAAUGGUGAAGAAUCAGAACUGAAGUUUGUCAAUGAAAGAGAAGUCUUGAUAAAAGAAGACCGACCUCCUAAACCUGCGGACGCGUUUCUGGUAAUCUUUUCGGUGGUGGACAAAAACAGUUUUGAAAUAGCCGAGACGAUUCUGAAAAACCUUCGAGAACAUGAAAUGAUGCGAUCGAGACCAGCCAUAUUGGUUGGAAAUAAAGUCGAUAUGGCUAGAAGCAGAGAAGUGUCAGCUCAAGAGGGUAGAUACUUGGCGUGCACGUGCAGGGCCAAGUACAUCGAGGUGUCUGUGGGCAUUAAUCACAAUGUUGACGAACUUUUGGUGGGAAUUCUUACUCAGAUCAGACUGAAGCGGGCCAACAAUGACGAAGGGCACGACCAUUGGUACAAAAAUAGAAACUUCAUAAAAGCCAGUCUCAAAGCCAGACAGAUGAUCACUUGGGUAUUUGGCAAGGAAGACACGAAAAUGAAGAACUGUGAAAAUCUCCACAUCCUCUAG